AUGUCCCAGAAAUCAGUUUCUAAUGGUAGCUUCAGGAACCGUGCGUUUAGGAACGAAUGCCAUUGCGGCCUCGAUGCUCCGUUAAUGACGGCAUGGACUGAUUCCAACCCAGGGCGUCGCUUCUACGGAUGUGGGAUGUACAAGAUUCAAGGUUUCAAAAAGUGCAGUAAUUUUGUCUGGUUGGAUGAGGAAAUGAACCCUAGGUCAAAGGAAGUGAUCUCUUCGUUACUGAAGAAUUUGAAUGAUGAGAAGCAGAGGUCUAAAGAUUCUAUCGCAAAAGAAGAAGAAAUGAGGAUGAAGAUGAAAAUGUUGAAGAAACAGUUGAAGUUUAAUUGGUCUAUAACCAUAAUUAUGUUUGUGACACUAGUGGCUGCAAUUAUAAUGAAAUGA